AUGUUAUACCCCAUCCCACCUGCUAUCCCCAUGUUAUACCCCAUCCCACCUGCUAUCCCCAUGUUAUACCCCAUCCCACCUGCUAUCCCCAUAUUAUACCCCAUCCCACCUGCUAUCCCCAUGUUAUACCCCAUUCCACCUGCUAUCCCCAUGUUAUACCCCAUCCCACCUGCUAUCACCAUGUUAUACCCCAUUCCACCUGCUAUCCCCAUAUUAUACCCCAUCCCACCUGCUAUCCCCAUGUUAUACCCCAUCCCACCUGCUUUCACCAUGUUAUACCCCAUCCCACCUGCUAUCCCCAUAUUACACCCCAUCCCACAUGCUAUCACCAUGUUACACCCCAUCCCACCUGCUAUCACCAUGUUAUACCCCAUCCCACCUGCUAUCCCCAUAUUACACCCCAUCCCACCUGCUAUCCCCAUGUUAUACCCCAUUCCACCUGCUAUCCCCAUAUUAUACCCCAUCCCACCUGCUAUCACCAUGUUAUACCCCAUCCCACCUGCUAUCUCCAUGUUAUACCCCAUUCCACCUGCUAUCCCCAUAUUAUACCCCAUCCCACCUGCUAUCCCCAUGUUAUACCCCAUCCCACCUGCUAUCCCCAUAUUAUACCCCAUCCCACCUGCUAUCCCCAUGUUAUACCCCAUCCCACCUGCUAUCCCCAUGUUAUACCCCAUCCCACCUGCUAUCCCCAUAUUAUAG